AUGCUGUCUCCGUUGAAGCCGUCUGCUCCGUCGGCCACUCUGCUGCGGUUUCUGCGAUCGCAGUCUGGCUUUGCGAGCGGUUCGGCAGCAUGUGUGCGGCCCAGACCACAGGCGCCGUGUCAUGAGGCACUGACGUCGGUAUCCCGAAGAACCUCGAGCUGGGCACGCCAGGAUGCAUGCCACAGACGCACGACCUUCGACUCGACGGCGCUCUGUCAAUCUGAUGUGAGACCGAAGCCAUCGGCGACACUUUUUUCGUUAGAGUCGCUUGCGCUAACUCGACAUGCCUCCACGACUCGUCGUCCAUUUCUCCGAAGAUUGUUUGAUCUCAAACGCGGCAAAACUGCCGACCUCAAGAGUCAUCGCAACGAGGGUCCCGCUACGACUGAAGAAGGGACUGAGGGGCUUUUCAAUAUCGGUAGAGGAUUCGCAGCGAAAGCCUCAAACGAGCUUCGCAUUCGCUGCACGGAAUUUGACAAGAACGGCAACGUCACCCUGGUCAAUGGGGACUUUCGCAAGUCAGAACUGAUUGCCAAGUAUGGCCUCCUACCCCGUGACCUCCGCAAGAUCGACUCUUCGACACUGCCUCAUAUCCUCGUCCGACCGAGCGCGAUCUUAAUCAACCUGCUGCACCUGCGUGUUCUUAUCAAAGCCGACCGUGUGCUUGUAUUUGAUGCAUACGGAUCGACGGAUUCGUAUAUGCAGUCGCUGUUUAUCUACGAUCUCGAGGGAAAGUUGCGCCAGAGGCAAUCUCAGGUUGCCCCGGCUGGCCAGGCGCUACCCUAUGAGUUUCGCGCUCUGGAAGCGGUUCUCAUCAGCGUCACCACUGGCCUGGAGGAAGAGUUUAAUGGAGUGAGAGAGCCUGUCGUUCGGGUUCUCCGUGCACUAGAAGAGGACAUCGAUCGCGACAAGCUUCGACACCUCUUGAUCUAUUCCAAGAAAUUGGGUACUUUUGAGCAGAAGGCUCGCCUGGUGCGAGAUGCCAUUGAUGAUUUGCUCGAGGCGGAUGAUGAUCUAGCGGCCAUGUACCUUACCGAACGGGCAACUGGCAAGGAACGCGAGGAGGAUGACCACCAAGAGGUGGAAAUGCUACUCGAGUCAUAUCACAAGGUCUGCGAUGAAAUUGUACAGUCCAGUGGUAAUCUUGUCACCAACAUUCGAAACACCGAGGAAGUAGUGAAAGCAAUUCUCGACGCCAAUCGAAAUUCGCUCAUGCUACUCGAUCUGAAGGUUAGUAUCGGCACCCUUGGCCUAGCCACAGGAACUCUCUUCUCCGCUCUCUACGGAAUGAACUUGAAGAACUUUAUCGAAGAGUCCGAUUUCGGCUUCGGUGGUGUCUCCGCGGUCUGCUUCGCUCUGACUUCAUUGGUUUGCGUCUACGGACUCGCCAAACUUCGCAAACUGCAGCGGGUUCGGAUGUGGGGUGAGUCUGGAGUUGGCGGCACUUCUUUGUCCCCUAUUUCUCCGAGACAGGGCAUACGCACUAUUCACCGCAACUGGCGCGCCGAUUCGAUUGAGCCUGUCUGGGGAAGCUUGCCAGGCGAGGCCCGAUCGGAGCGCAUAAGGCGACUUCGAGAAAAUGCUUUCGCUGCUGCAGCUGCUACAGCAUCGAGGUUUCCUGAUACUUCUUCCGCCGCAACAACGACUUCUGGUUUUGCAGACGCGCAUGAAUCCUCAAGCAUCAAAGACAACCAAAAUAGGCCCGACUCUGCUGGCAGGUUCUGA